ACAGAACGACUUCUCUCAAACUUCCGGCUUCACUGGGGCGGCUCGCCUCAAGUUUUUCUCCGGUUCUCGAGGCGACAAAUUUCAUCCGAGGAAAUCAUGUGGCAGUUUUAAUUAAUGGAAAAAGCUCUGAGACGUUUAGCGGAUACACCUCGGACUCUCUGUGUUGAUUUACCACUUACUCAUCCUGAAACAUGGAGGAUCCAAACAGACCUCAGCGUAAAAUGUCAAGAGCCGGAGAAAGCUUGUACAAAGUCCUGAACCUGGAGAAAGGUGCAUCUCCAGAAGAAAUAAAAAAGGCUUACAGGAAACUGGCACUGAAGCAUCACCCUGAUAAGAACCCUGACAACCCAGAAGCUGCUGAGAAGUUCAAGGAGAUCAACAACGCCAACUCCAUCCUCAGCGAUGAAAACAAACGGAAGAUCUACGACGAGUAUGGAUCCAUGGGCCUCUACGCUGCGGAGCAGUUUGGGGAAGAGGGCGUCAAAUACUACUUCCUCAUGUCCAAGUGCUGGUUCAAGGCCCUUAUCGUGUGCUGCAGUAUUUUCACCUGCUGCUGCUGUUUCUGCUGCUGCUGUUUCUGCUGUGGGAAGUGCAAAGCGUCGGAAGACGAGGAUUUCGUCUACGUUGACCCUGAGGACCUUGAGGCAGAGAACAGUGAACAGGAAGCAGCAGGAGACCAUAUAAUAAUAAUUCAGCCAAGCCGUAGUGACACUUCAGGUGACGCCGUCACCACUUCAGGUGAGAACGCACCGAUUGUGAUCCAGCCUCAUGCGACCAACGGCACCGCAGGGCCCAUAAUCGAGUGAGUGGCGUCCCUCAGAGUCUGGACCGUGUAAUAAAACCACGUCAUCAUCAGCGGCUGUUUUGACCGUUUUUAUUCAAAGUGACUGAUGAUGUGUAUGAACUGUGGGUUUGAAUGUGUUUGUUUUCCUCAGAGACUUUGACUUGCAGAAAACUUUUUCGUCUCAGAGGAGUUUUUGUUUAAACGAAUCAAGCAGCGAUUUUAUUGUGCCAUAUUAUUAUUAUUAUUAUUAUUAUUAUUUUUAUGAACCGGCGGUUUUGUCUUUGAUCGAAUCCCAUAUUUAUUAUUUUAACUUUUUAUUUUUGAAUCUUGGACAAUAUCUGGACUGCGGUGACAAAAGACAAAGCCAUACAGAUCAAAGCUCUGGAAUAAUUAUUUUUUUACGUGCACUUUAGAAUCUCUAGUUCAUGUUUAAAAUCCUUUAGCUGCCACGAUGGUCUGACAGCGUUUCGGCUCACGGUGACUCUUGGGUCAGAAAUGUUUUUAACGUUGUUUUUAAUGCCACUUUACAGGCUGGUUCAGGUUUGGCGGAUUAUUAAAGGUCAGCCACUUGGAGACCUGCGAGAUGUUCGGUCAAACUGCGCAUACUGUUGAAACAAAAAAAACAAGGGUUUAAUGACAUGAUGUAGACUUCCCUUCAUAUUGCUCAAAUAUAAAAUCUAUUUUAGUUAAACCAAACAGUGUAUUUUAGAUAUUUGUCUGUUAAAUGUGGUGAUUGACUGUAAGUAUGCAGAUGAGACUAAAAUAAUGCAGAUAGACAUUAGAGGUAUGAGGCGCUUUCUUUCAGUUAGAAGUUAGAAGAGAUUUCCAUAUUGCCAAUAUAGCAAAUAUUUCUUUCAUUUUGUUUUGUAAAUCUGGCUUGGUUUUGGAAACUGGUAGUUAUGAAUAAUUCUGAUAUGACAUGAAUUCUGUAUUUGACAUGGAGCUGAAGUUGGUGAUUAGCGUAGCUUGGGGGGAGCAAACAGCAAGCCUGAAUCUGUUUGAAAAUAAUAACAAAUUUUCAUUUUAAAAAACUGUUGUCAGUAAUUUUCAGACAAAUCAGUCUCCCAUUUGUAAUUGCAGUUAGGGUGUUGAGUUGCUUUGCGGCAUUAAAGGUGUAGUGUGUAGAAUUUGUCAGCUGCUUUUUGUAAACACACUCUUCAAAGCUUCAGGGAAAGACGAUUGAGACGAUCAUUUUCCAGAAUGUUUGAUGCCCAGAAACAGACAGUGCGAUCCUUUAAACAUGGAGGUGGUUAGCCUAGCUUAGCAUAAAGACUGGCAACAGGGGAGAACAAAAUGAAGCCCUAACACUAACUUUCUGCAGUCUUGUUUUCACUGCAAGGUUUCCAGUCUGCUUUGUGACUGGAGACACCCUGCAUGGAAGAACUGGGCGGAUGGAUAAUCAUGUUUGUGACAAAAUAGUCCCAGCAAAGUUAUCCUAAAACCACAGCUUGAUGUUUGUUUCCAGUCUUAAUGCCAGGGUAGGUUAACUGGCUCCCUGCUAACACAACACAUAAACAUGAGAGUGGUGUCAGUUUUCUUAGUGAAUAACCAUAUUUUCCCAACUCAGAUCUCAAAGAGCGACCGCUGAUGCUGUUGGUCAGUUCGCUGUACCCGCUCAUAAAGUGACCUCGUGACCCCACAAAUAGUCCGAUGUUUUAUGAAACGCACACUAAAAUCAGCAUCGUUAUUCGACAACAAGGCAACUUACUGUGAUUUGUUGCCAGAUUGUUCUGGUUCUUAGUUGUCGAUCUGAUCCAGAUGGGUCGAGACCUUCCUUCAAAGACAAUGACCUCCUCUGUGGUGUAUGAGAUUAAAUACGUGUGGUGUUGUUAUACUCGAUACAGAAACUGUGUUUUAUGUAAAUUCAGAGAUAUAUUUUUGAUUGGAAGUUUUAGGACAAAUUGACUGUAUAUUAAGAUAACGCCUUAAAUGAUCUCUUAUGUUUACAUGGUUUUUUUGUGUGUGCUGGGUGGAGGAAUUUUAGGUUUGUGCUUCUAAAAUCUAAAAGUAUAUAUGCAUCAUUUCUAUCAUUUGAUCUGUUUUUUUUCUUGGACAGCAGGAUGAUAAAAUGUAUUUAUGUAAAGUUUAAACAAUCUCAGAACUGUAUUUAAAUGUCAGUUUUGUAUAUCAGAAAUCGUAUGUGCCAAAACUUCACAGAAGUGCCUUAAUACAUUUUAGUGGUGUUUUUUUUCGUAGAUUACUAGGAUUACAAAUAAAAAAUUAUAUAUUUUGUUUUAUCCCGACAUUCCAAUGUAUUUUUCCACUCUUUCAACUUUUAUAUGAUUUUGUAAAAAUCAUGUUCGUCUGAUCCAAUAAACUUUGGCGAUACUUGAAAUGUCA